UUAUUAUUGUUGUUGUUGUUGUUGCUGCUGUUGUUGUUAUCAUCAUUAUUAAAUAGGACAUAUUUCAGUAGCUGGGCUUAGUGAUCUGAACUAUGUCUAUCGCCCCCUGGUGGUCGUCCCGGGGACCCUCUUCACACCCUCCUCUGGCUCACCGGACGAGUUGUCAUGGCAACUGUACAGCAUGUGCUUACAAAAACAAGCGCUUGACCGUUCACCGACACUUCUUUCGACAUUCGACAUCUACGACGCCAUCUUCUUCUUCUUCUUCUUCUUCUCGCAUUUACUACCAGAGAAGAAAACAGAAGAUAUUUCUCCAAACAGAGGGGAGCCGAGGAGAGUCAAAGAUGAGCGGAGCCAAAGCCCGCAGCGACGCAGCGCCUGUUGCUGAAAAUGUCUCCGGCGGCGGGCACGGUACUGCGGCUCCUCCGCGGGACCGCAAGCCCGGCGGAGGUGUUCUGAAGAGGCUCAAGUCCCGGAGGAGCCAGGUGGAAAGCAGGCCCGUCACGGAGGAGGACCUGCGGACACAGAGUGGUCAUAUCACGCCGGAGGAUGUGCUAGGACUGCGGGUGGCUACGCGAGGGUACCUCUGUAAACCCGAGGACAAUAUUUAUAACAUUGACUUUGUGCGCUUUAAGAUCAGAGACCUGGAGACUGGCACUGUCCUGUUUGAGAUUGCCAAGCCACCACACACAGAGGAAGAUGAGGAGAACAGAGAAGGAGAUGUCAGCGCGGGCCGAUUUGUACGCUACCAGUUCACCCCAGCCUUCCUGCGACUGAGGACUGUGGGAGCUACGGUGGAAUUCACUGUUGGAAACCGGCCUCUAAACAACUUCCGCAUGAUCGAGAGGCACUAUUUCCGUGAUCACCUGCUGAAGAGCUUCGACUUUGACUUUGGCUUCUGUAUCCCGAACAGCCGCAAUACUUGUGAGCACAUCUAUGAGUUCCCUCAGCUGUCUGAGAGCUUGGUCCGUCAGAUGGUGGAGUGUCCUUAUGAGACCCGUUCAGACAGCUUCUAUUUCGUGGAGAACAGACUGGUCAUGCACAACAAGGCAGACUAUGCUUAUAACGGAGGACAAUGAUAUCUGCCUGUUAGCAUGCAAACACACACACAUAAACAUGUGCAUGCACACACACGCGUACUCACAUUUAUAGAUAUACAUAUACACACAUGCAUGCACAUGGCUGAACAUACGUACAGUUCACACACAGAUACAUGCACAAACAGCUAAAGACAGAGUUGAGUUGCCUCAUAUGUUUAUAAAGAUGAAUUGCCAUUCAUUGUUAUCAUUUUCAGGAGAUGUAUUUGAUAUUGCAGGAGGUCAAUAUCAGUCUUUGCUCUGAAAUACAAAUAAACAGGAAGCCUCUGUUGGAAAGAGGUUAAAAAUUGGUUAAUUUAUCUGUUUAAUUAUGGACAGAUCUAUUCGAAACCAAGAGGGGACACAUCACUCUAGUGGCCAUGUGAUGUGUCUCAAACAGAGCAAAUGGUUGUUAGAUAGACGGUUAGUCUCCUCUUAGCAAUUUUAAAAGUGUCCUACCACCCCCUCUACACACGCACGGACACACAUAUACCCACACACUCAAUCCCCAAGUGACACACAUAGUGUUUACGCAGUGUUUGUCAGAAGCAGCUGUUCUCAGAGCUACCGCCUCCACAAUCCACUCCAGACAAUAUCGGGGGAGAAAGAGAGAAACCAUCCACAAAAACACUCCUGUCAAACACACAUGGUCACUCUUGCGAUCCCCUCCCCACCUCCCUCUCCUCUCUCGCUUUCAUACGCACACAGACACACCAACAAGAGUACUGUAUAAGAGUUUGAUCAAACGUUUCUGAGAUUAGCACCAUUAUUUUUAUGUUUUUUCUGACUGGAAACUGGAAAUAGAUGAGGUAACAGUGAAUUGUAACCUUUAACUGCAACCAAACAAAAGAUGAUAAACUCAUAUAAUGAACUGUCAAAAAAGGAAAUUGCAAAUAUGAAAUACUCAUUAGUUCUGAGAGGAGCUGAUAUGAUCUGAUAUCAUAAUGCAUGUGAUGAUAUGUACAGAAAAGUGAUGAAAUGAAAAACAAGUGUGAAGUCUUGGUCCAAGGAGAAGGUUGGGCCUACUUAUUUUAAAGUAAAAUCUUCUCCUUCCCCAUCUUAGAUGAAUUAGCCGUUUUUUAAAAAUCAUUCCAUCAUCAAGCACGUCUUAAAAGAAUCAAGUUGGACUUUGUCUGGAAAUUGAGUGGUCUUUCUUCUAGCUAGAUAGUGUACAUCCUCCAUCUCUCUUUGUACUUUGUAAACUUUGGUGUUCAAGGUUAAAGGUGGUGUUUGUAAAAAUAAAUAAUAUAUAUAUAUAUAUAUAAAUAUAGUUUGUAAAAAGUGAAAUAAUC